AAGCCCAACUACAAGACAAGCCCAAAGCCCAAAUGAUGCAACUAAACCUAAGUUCCUAGCAGAUGGAUUUGUAUAAAUACUUCUCAUGUUAACAUUUCAUGUAACUUUUGCUGUGUUUGAAGAAGCAGCCUCCUUCUCCAUCUUCUAUAUCAAAUCAAACAUCUUUAAUCUCUUGGUGACAACUAAAGUUUUUCCCUUUCAUUUACUUCUUGCACAAUAAAGCUCUAUGAGCUAUGUCUUUCUCUAUUUCAUUAUCAUGUCAAUAAGCUCUAUGUGAACACAAAUCUAUCUUGUUUUGAAACUGUCAUCAAAUUGUACCCUUUUAGGUCAUUAUAUAAUAGUCGUAUAUAUAAAUACCUCUUUGGAUUUCGUUUUCUCUCUCUAUGCGACUCCAAGACGAUUAGGGUUUGUUCACCCUAGUAUGCCGCCGUCGGUGUGGCCUCUCGUCCACCGGUGAGAACCUCUUCUUUCUCCCUCCUCUUCUUUUCUUCCAUGGUUUCGAUGCUGCUCCUUCAGGGUUCGGAGUCACUGUUGCUCCUCCCCCCACCUCCUGAGCCGCCGCCGUUUGUUUUUCUUCUAGAUCUACUCACUGGGGUCUCUGCUCCCGACCCUCCUGAUCCUCCCGACGCUUCUGAAACUCUCGCAUUGGAUAUGUCCUCUUUUCCCUGCCACUGUUUCACCUUAGCAGCUGCGAGGUCUCCUCUUCAUUCUACAACAACAUCUGACUCAGCCUGUUUGUUGAUUGUUUCUCUUGGAGUGAACCUUGUCAAGCCUCUGCUUCUUCCUACCAAUGGUUAUAGGUUUCAGAUCUAUAGUUUCAUAUGGGGAAUUCGUUUUUUCUUCCUGUUAAGCAUAACUUGGAAAGGUAUGACCUUUGUGACCUCUCUUGAUGUUUCUAUUUGGGAUGGAACGUACCUUAGAUUUGGAUUCCUUGUCCUCCGUAUAAGAAACCAUUCACGACCAUUACCUCAGUAUGAGGAUCUUAUGCUUCUUGUCAGUCAUUGUUUUACUCAUUAUGAAGAUGUUAGGCACUUGUUUUGCCUUCACUUACCUCAGUAUGAGGCUCACUUACCUCAGUAUGAGGUUCACUUACCUCAGUAUGAGGCUCACUUACCUCAGCAUGAGGUUGUUGUUCGAAAUCUCUUUUUGCGAUCAUCACAAUAUAUUUGUAUGUUGGUAGUCUUCUCUGAUGUUUCAGGUCUACAACUCAAAAAGAUUAGAGAUGGAGUUAAAGAAGCCAACCUUGGCUUCGUAUUUUCAGACUUGUUUGUCUGGCCGUGGUGGUUCUUGCAACUCUACACCCCAUUAUGGUUGCAGGUUUCCUCACAAUUCGAAGGCUCAUUAAGAUGGUGUUUGAUCACCUCUGUAGCCAAGUUCCUUGCUGCCUUCUAUGCAUUUAUUGCUGCAGCAUGUUCGGGUAUCAGUUCACUGCGUGUGUUCUCCAAUUCCCGUGGCUUCAUCUCACUCAGCACUGAUUGUGUUUCACUUUUAAGUUGCUUGUGUGUUAUGUUUGCUUUUAUCUAUGUUUGUGUUAUCCGGUUUGCUUUUGAUGCAGCGGUUUCUUUAGCUAUUGUGGCUGUAUUAUUGUUUCUGUUGAACAAUUCCUCUCUUGAUGGAGUGUAAGUUUUAUUAAUGAAAGUUGGUUUGAACAAAAAAAAUAUAUAUAAUAGUCGUAUAUAUAAAUAUAUAGUCUUGCUUGGAUCAUCGCAGGAGCAGCUACUCAGGAAGCAUCUAAGGAUCUACUACACAGGAUUACGUCAACUCUCCCUGAUAGCUGAGGCGCUGGCGGUAAGGGAAAGACUAUUCACAGCGGCAAACCAAGAAAUCUCGAAUUUUUGGUUGUGUUCCGAUAAUCUAACGCUCAUCAGAUCAAUCAACUACAAGAUUCAGAAGAAGGAAAUACUAGGGAUCAUCAAUGACAUUCAUGAUCUCGCUUCUGGAUUUGUUUCAAUUGUUUUUCUUCAUAUUCAUCGGAAAAAAAACGAAGAGACGGAUUCUUUAGCAAAUGCCGUAAUGGACCCUCUUGGGUUGGCCAAUUUCUUUGGGCCCAUUAAAUGCAUUAUUCAGUGACAAAAAAAAAAUAUAAAUAAAUAGUCUAAAGAUAAUUUUUUUUUUCUUUUGGGUAAACCUAAAGAUUAAUUUUACGGAGCAAUAUUUUAAAUUUGAUAUCUUAGGGUUCUUCAACUCUCUUUCAGUCAUUCGGUGAGCCCAACUGCCCAAGUGUUCACUGGAAUAUAGCUUUGAGGACUCUAGAGUUGGUUUCCAUCGAAAGAAUCUCAACUUAUCAAAGUGACAAGACUUUUAUGCUUCAUCUUUCACUUUUUUUUGCUAACUUUCAUCUUUCACUUGAAAACAUGUUUUGCAUUAAAGUUAUUUAAAUCCGGUUCUCUAUUGUAUUUCUAAUGUUCUGUAUGCGGAUUUGGUACUUAAUACUUAUACUAGGUAGUAACCCGCGCCUUGCGCGGAAUGAGAUGGUUAG